AGAAGUUAGGAGAGUUGGCGCCAUCCGCUCUGGCUCGGCGGUGAAGUGUUCUUUUCUUCACCUUCUCCUCUUCCUCUUCCUCUUUAUUGGCAUGUAGAUCGCCUCCUUAGGCUAGCUAUCACAAGCGCACAAGUGAGACGGAGAUGGCCGACGGCGUCUACCCUCCCUCCAAGACCACCCCCCGACCUGGCGGACACUCCUUCCCGCCCACCAAGUCCCAGGCGACCGGAGCCACACGCCUGGCCUACCGCCCCCACCCCGCCAAGGCACGUCCCAGCCGCCGCAGCAGCAGCCGCGGUUUCUGCUGCUCCUGCUGCCUCUGUUUCUUCGUGCUUCUGGCCGUUCUCUUCGUCCUGGCCACUGUUUCCGGGGGAAUAUUCUACGCCCUCUACCGCCCCCGCCGCCCCGCCUUCUCCGUAACCAGCUUCCGUGUCGUCGCAUUCAACAUCUCCUCUUCCGGCCACCUCACCUCCCGCUUCGAAGUCAACGUCACCUCCCGCAACCCCAACAAGAAGCUCGCCUACCUCUACGACCCCAUCACCAUCUCCGUCGUCUCCGGCGGCGCCGACAUCGGCGACGGCUCUUUCCCUGCGUUCGCCCAGGCCUCCGGCAGCGUGACCCGGCUCUCCGCGGCUGCUUCGAGCGCGGGGCAGGCGCUGGACUCUGCCACGGCGUCGGAGCUGAGGAGGAGCAGCGGCGGCGGCGUGCCGGUGGUGGUGGAGAUGGAGACGAAGGCCGGCGUGAAGAUUGGGGGGCUGAAGACGAAGCGGGUCGGGAUGAAGGUGAGGUGUGAGGGGCUCAGCGUGGCGUUGCCCAAAGGGAAGAAGCCGGCCGCGGUCUCGUCCGGCGGCGACUGCGCAGUCGAAGUCCGGGUCAAGAUCUGGAAGUGGAGUAUCUAGCGACGAAGAACAGAAGUGUACACAAUCAAAAUUAGGAGUGAUCUCUCUCUCUCUCUAUAUAUAUUCUAUGAUUUCUAUCUCUUGCUGUGCUCCAUUUUCUUAUUGAUUGUAUUAUGAUCGUUCGGUUCGGUUUUUGCUUUUUCUUUUUAUUUUUUUCCAUUCUCAAUCUUGUAAUUUAAUUUUUGCAUAAUAUUGUUGAAUUCUGUUGCUGCUGAA